UGUCACACUGCCUGUUUCAUGCUCUUUUCUGACACCGGUGCGUGCGUUCCCCCGGGCAGGGGCAUCUUUUAUCCAUCUCUGUAAAUACAUAGCUACAAUAUCAAAGCAAGGCCUUUUUUCCUCCCUAGAAAUGACCCUCGCAGGCCACCACCAUCUAUACAGGUGUGCGAGGCGCCUCACAGCACCGACUUCCGGCCUCAGGCUGGAUAUACAAAAGUUGGAAGCGGGGCGGAGAGGGAGGGUGGCUAGAGAGGAACACGUCCCAGCCCGCCACCCAAGUCCUUUUCUACUCGAUCAGGCGUGCGGUAAGAGCAGUGAUGAAGCGGAUGAAAUGAAGACACGGCCUCGACCGAUGGGACUGGGGGGGAGAUGUGACGCUGUGGAACGAACUCGUUCCCGCACUCCAAAACCUAGGCUAGGGGUGCGGAAAACCCUUACCGACACCCGACCCGGCGCUGUACCCGCGGCCGCCGGAGCCCACCCUCGGCACCACGUCAUCUGCACGCCUUUUCCUCCGAUCCCCGGAAUUGCCAAAGCAAAGGGGAUUUGGCCAUGGAGGCUUUGUUGGAAGGAAUACAAAAUCGGGGACGUGAUGGGGGAUUUUUGACGUCCUGUGAAGCAGAACUACAGGAACUCAUGAAACAGAUUGACAUAAUGGUGGCUCAUAAAAAAUCCGAGUGGGAAGGGCAGACGCAUGCUUUAGAGACUUGCCUGGACAUCCGUGAGCAGGAACUGAAGACUCUUAGGGGUCAGUUGGAUAUAAAACACAAAGAGGUUGGAAUACUGCGCCAGCAGGUAGAAGAACUUGAAAAAGUCAAGCAAGAGAUGGCCAUGGACUAUAAGCAGGAGCUAAAGAAACUACAUGAAGAAUUAGGCAAACUGAAGAGAAGCUAUGAAAAACUACAGAAAAAGCAAAUAAAGGACUUCAGAGGGAACACCAAAAAUCACAGGGAAGAUCGGUCUGAAAUUGAGAGGUUAACCGGAAAAAUAGAGGAAUUUCGUCAGAAAUCUCUGGACUGGGAGAAGCAACGUUUGAUUUAUCAGCAACAGCUAUCUUCUCUGGAGGCACAAAGGAAAGCUCUGGCUGAACAAUCAGAGAUAAUUCAGGCUCAGCUUGCCAAUCGGAAACAGAAAUUGGAGUCUGUGGAGCUGUCCCGCCAGUCGGAAAUUCAGCACCUGAGCAGUCAGCUGGAGCGGGCCAACGACACGAUCUGUGCCAAUGAGAUGGAAAUCGAGCGCCUCACCAUGAAGGUCAAUGACUUGGUUGGAACCAAUGUGACUGUUAUGCAAGAGCAGCGGCAAAAAGAAGAAAAAUUGAGGGAAUCUGAAAAACUGUUAGAGGUUCUGCAGGAAGAAAAGAGACAAUUGAAAGCAGCUCUUCAUUCUCAAGAAAAUGUCAUUCAUGAGGCAAAUAUGCAAAAGGAGAAGCUACAAGCAAAAUUAAAGGCAACUGACACUCAACAUACAGUAGAGGCCAUAAGGUCCCCGGAGGAGUCUCAGACGGAGAGGAGGUACAGCUCUCGAGAGCAGGACUUAGACCACGUGCUUUCCCCACUGGAUCUAACCCACACGAGUGAGGAACUGCUGCAGGCAGAGGUGACUCGUCUGGAAAGCAGCUUGGAGUCUGUGAGUACAACAUGUAAACAGCUGAGCCAAGAACUAAUGGAAAAAUAUGAAGAACUGAAGAAGGUGGAAGCACAUAACAAUGAGUACAGGACAGAGAUUAAGAAGUUGAAAGAACAGAUUUUACAGGCUGACCAAAGUUACAGUUCUGCACUGGAAGGAAUGAAGAUGGAAAUCUCUCGUUUAACUCAGGAGUUACAUCAGCGAGAUAUCACUAUUGCUUCUGCCAAAACAUCUUCCUUCGACAUGGAAAAGCGACUCAAAGCAGAGAUGCAAAAGGCUGAAAAAAAAGCUGUAGAGCACAAGGACAUUUUGGAUCAGCUGGAGUCACUCAAGUUAGAAAAUCGUCGUCUUUCUGAAAUGGUGACGAAAUUGGAAUUGGGUUUGCAUGAGGCAAAAGAGAUUUCAAUAGCAGACCUCCAGGAGAAUUAUAUUGAGACAUUAAAUAAACUAGUGUCUGAAAAUCAACAACUACAGAGAGAUUUGAUGGAUACCAAAUCUAAGCUGGAGAUUUCAACUCAGAUGUGCAAAAAAAAUCAUGAUGUGCUCUUAAAACCAACACACAGCAGAGCACCUGAGUUCAAGAAGACAGAGUUCAAGCCAUCCCAUGGCCAGCACAGACGUGGUGGAGGGAAGACUGAGCUCUACAAAACAGGUCUUUCUUCUUCUCCGAGAGGACGCGCGCCGGGCAGCGUAGAGCCCGUGCUCAGGGUCCUCAGCCCCCUGAGUGUUCACAUCAGCUCUUGCAGCUCCAGCAUCUCUUUGCCUUCCAACUUUCUGUACAAAACUCAGUCUUUGCCUUCAUUGCUAGACCCAAACGAAGCCAUUUUUUCUGACUCUAUCUCUGAGAGUAUAAAUGACCAAGAAGAGUUUAUGUCUUCGUGUCCCUUUCCUGUGUCUCCCCUUGGUUCAAUAGCCACAAGGUUUUUGGAAGAGGAGGAGCUCAGGUCUCAUCACAUUCUGGAGCGCUUGGACGCCCACAUUGAGGAACUGAAGAGAGAGAGUGAAAAGACAGUGAAGCAAUUCACAGCCCUGAAGUAGCCUCUUUAAAAAAUCACAAACUUGGAAAUAAAAACAAGCACUGAAGAGUUACUGUCAUCUGAAGCAACGGCAGCGGCUCUUUAAAAAGGCAAAUGCAUAAAAAUCACAAAGCUGUUGUGAGGAAAUCUGAAAAACGGGUGCUUCUCUAAGGCAUUUCUACCGCACUGGUCUGUUUGAAGGGCUUUUCCCAGCAAUAACUUGUAAUAAACCACUUUGCCAGA